AUGUCUAAUCUAUUUUCCGGAAUCAACGCCCGUCUUCGAGGAUCAAAGACAGGCGGCUCCAAGUCUCCUACGAACUCGAGCACACCUACAACUGAUGCUCAAUCGCCAUCGUCGGCCACUGUUCAGAAGCGGCCAUCCUUCGAGAUUACAGCAGCCCCCGCCACAGCUCCGUCUUUGCCCCCCCUCUCAUCUGCCAUCUCGACAAGCAUGUCGACUGCCGGCGACAAGAGUCCGGACUCGGAUUCCAUAGCAUUACCGCUAUGGCUCAAUCCGUUGUAUACGAAGCACAUCGUGAAGGGCAACUUCAUGACUCUCAGCGCCAGACCAAAGUCGGUAGAGCAAGGAGAAUGGAUCGCUCACCAUGUUGUUGAGCACUACCGGAUCCUCUGGAUUUUUGUUCGCCUAGUUUAUGAGAAGGAGAAGGAUGGCAACACCAUCUGCAACUCCACUAGUUGCCCCAAGAUGUCGGCUGGAAAAAACCAUUCGUACACCUGGCUAAACAGCCGGCUCGAGCCAAUUGAGCUUCCAGCCCGUGAAUACAUGACUCUCAUGCAGCGGUGGAUCUCUGGCAAGAUCGACGAUCCCAAGAUUUUCACGACUGACCCGGCCACGACAUCUUUUGCGGACAACCCGACCCUCGCUCCGAGCACGCCUCACCCAUUUCAAAACAGCGAUGGCGAAGACUGGGUUGGCAAGAAGAGCGGGUUCCCGAAAGAAUUUAUCAACGUCAGCCGGGCCAUCUUCCUGCAGAUGUUCCGUGUCUAUUCACAUCUGUACUGGGACCAUUUCGUCGACCCAUUCUACCACCUCGAACUCGAAAAGCACCUUAACAGCUGCUUCUCACAUUUCAUGUUGACAGCUACGAGCCUGAACAUGCUCAGACCCGAGGAUGUCGAGCCAAUGCAAAACCUCAUUGAUCUGUGGGCCGCAAAUGGCACGUUUCCUCCCGAGUCAAAAGCUUAUGGCUUGGCGAAUGUUGAGAAUGGGAAGCGCUUCAUGCAACAAUGA